AUGCAGCGAUCUACCAAGUCCUCCGCUAGGGCAAGAGUUGUAGAAUACACCAUUUCUGAGGACAAUACAGGAUCAGCCAAGCCAAAACUUGAGGCUAUCAGGGGAGACCAAAUCGCCAAGUCUGCAAAUUCCGAAAACCACCCCGCAGAUUCCGAGAUCGACCUUACUCAAACAACUAGUAGCAACCCCGAGGGCCCAGACUAUCAAAUGCAACUGAUGCUCCUGGAGCAACAGAACAAGAAAAGACUUCUCCUUGCUCGCCAGGAACAAGACAGAAUUGCAAGCAAAUUGGGGGCAGGACGGGUAACACCAUCCCCAGAUUCAUCAUCUCUACCAGUGAAAAAUUCAUCGCGACGGGGGGCUUCAUCUGGAAACACCAUCAGUGUCGGUCAGACCACCUCGGAAUUUUUUGACUGGGAUAAAUGGGCAAUGGAAAGAACGCUGAGUCGUCUUCCUUUCUCCGGUCAACCUGAUGUUAGCGAAAUGUCAUCAGGCGAUACCACGUCGUUGCGCCAAUUGGAAAAGGCUCAAUCACAACACAAACACAAUUCAUUCACUCUAACACCCCAGUUUCGUUCUACGGAGUGGUCGAAGCCAGUAAGAAGCUCGGAAAAUCUGGCACACAACCCCCCCAACAUGGAACCCGGAAGAGCGACUUCAGAGUCUAGGGAUUUUGAUAAUAGGGCGCUUUCGGUCAAUGCUGGAAGCUCUGGGGAAUGGCUGACAGGCACUCUAUCUACUCAUAGCCAUGCUGUCGACUCCUAUCAGCUGCAGCAAAUGGCUUUACGUAUCCAGGAACUGGAGAGUCAACUGAGUCAGUUUCACUCUCCCCUGAAAGAGCAAAUUGAAAUGAAUGUUCAAGUCUUUCAUUGCCUGGAAGAUGUAAAUGAAGACGGUCCUUUUGUCAAGGGCAUCUAUCUCUCGGAACCAGAAUGGGAAAUUUAUGAAGAGUCCAUUCGGCUCAAGAGCCAUUCCCUGAUCCCGGAUGCAGACGCCUACAUCAAGAAUCGCAACGCCGUGUUUGUCAUCUACCACUACUAUGAUGAAAACAGACAGAUAGAAGAUGUUCAUAGGGCACUGAAUGCGCAUGAGCUGAUCCCCAGACCCAGAUCAUACAGGCAAUCUGUUUCAAUUACUUCCAAGGAAAUGAGGGAGUCAAUUGAACUUGCUUUCAAGAAACACUGUGCUGAAUUCCAGUCGGGCAACAUCACAGUUUUAGACUCCCCUUUUAGCUGGUGGUAUCAUGUUCGAGGAUGCCUAGAUUUUCAGCAUCUUUCACAUCGACAAGCACAGUUAGUUGGAAGACUAACUGAAUGGAUCGAACUGACUUAUGGGACGCUAUAUGACCGAGUCAAGGACCAGCUCCAGAGAGGAAUGGUUUCCAACAUGUCCAUGCCGUAUCUUAUAAAAGUAGGCGAUGUUCUUGUGUCGGACAUCGAACACUCACCAAAGGGCAAACUCGCAAAGUCCAGCCCAAGUCCGUCGGAGGGCAUAUACCAUGACGAUGAAUCAAUGCCCAGGCAGUCGUCAAAAAGCGAACGAAAACAAAUAACUAUAUGGAGCAUCACAGUUCGAUCAUACCGCUAUGCUCAAGACUUUUAUUGGGACUCUGAGACGCUUUCGAUACAGUUGCCUGGGGCGAUGACGGAAAACAUCGAGAUUGAGAUUGCUAAUUUGAAAGCUGUGCCACUUCAAUAUGCUCCCACCGAAACUCGUGACCUCCUUCACAAUAGAGGUGAAACCUUCUGGAAGUGCCGGAGAAGACGACUUGUUUCCUACGAGCAGGAGCGAAAAGAUGGGGCACAUGCGCGAUGUGUAGUGGACUUUAGCACUUACAUGGAGCUUCAUCCUUUUCAACAGCACACACCCAGUGGGUUGGACGGAUCCAUGAAGGUCAAAGAUUUACCAAAGGACGAUACCCCCCCAGACGCACCCGGGAUUUAUCUUUUCCCAAGAAUCAUUCCUGGGUUUGACUUGCGGACCAAAAAAUGGAUUGACUUGAACACCGACAGGAUCCGAGACGUAACCUGGAACGACAAGGCAUUCAAAAGCCUCGUAGCCGACGAAGAUAUGAAAGAAGUAAUACUCGCCCUUGUGACCAACCAGCUUGAGUCCGAAAAGGGUACAGAUUUAAUCGACAACAAAGGGAACGGCCUCAUUAUGCUUCUCCACGGGCCACCAGGUACCGGUAAGACGUUUACAGCAGAGUCUGUUGCUGAGAUUGCAAAGAAGCCACUAUAUGCCGUGACAUGUGGAGACAUUGGCACAAAACCGGAGCAAGUUGAGAAGUAUCUUCAGUCAGUUUUUUAUCUCGGGAAAAUCUGGAAUUGUGUUGUGCUUCUCGACGAAGCUGAGGUGUUUCUUGAACAGCGCUCCUUGCAAGAUCUUGAGCGGAACGCUCUGGUGUCGGUGUUCCUACGAUCUCUGGAAUAUUAUGAUGGCAUCUUGAUACUCACAACAAAUCGCGUUGGCAGCUUUGAUGAGGCUUUCAAAUCGCGCAUUCAACUAGCGUUGCGGUAUUACGCACUGGAAGCUGGCCAGCGCAAACAGAUCUGGCGCAAUUUCUUCCAUAGGCUCGAAGAACUGGGAGAGGAUGUCAGUAUCGAUUUCGAUGAUAUCCGGUUGCAUAUCGAAGAGCUGGCAGACUAUCCCAUGAACGGGCGACAAAUUCGAAAUUCGAUCACGACAGGCCGUCAACUCGCCAAGUAUAUGAACAAGAAGAUGACCUUUGCUCACCUGAAGAAGACAAUCACUCUCGCAAACAAAUUUGAUCGAUACUUGGCAGAUGUUCGUGAGACAGAGGUGGAGGAGUCGACAACCAGGGGUGUAGAUGGAAGAUACACUGAUGAAUUCUGGGCUCGCAGUGACGGAGUGCGCUAA